AUAAUUUUAACUAUGAUAAGUUGAGAUAACGUGGAACCAAAAUAACUUAUAAACUAUAAACAGCACCUGUUAGUUUAUCAAAAUGGUGCGACUAUAUACUUGCAUGCUGCUUGUGCUUUGCAUUUUAACAGUUCCAACUUGCACGAAUGCUCAAGACAGUGGGACCCCCUGUGACGACUGCUCUAACCAGCCUGACCACUACAGAUGUUACAUUGGCUGCACAGCCUUCCUGGAGUGCAGGGGAGGACAGACAACACGUGUCACAUGUGACACAGAUGAUGUUGUAGAUAUCAGGUCUAUGAGAUGUGAAGAUCCAUAUUAUGCAUGUCCCCCAUGUGGUGAUGACUACUGUGAUGAAUAUGACACAAUGGAUGAUAAAGUGGACAUUGAAACUUUCUACAUCAACUAGACACUACUGAAUAAGUAUUGUAC